AUGGGUUUGUUAAAAGAAGAUCUGAAAACCGCCAAGGGAUUAUUGAAAGAUGGAAAAAACGAGGAAGUUGUCGAAUUGUUGGAGGUAUUUGAUAGCGAAAAAAUAAGAUGUAUAAAAAAUUGAAAAAGCAAUAAACUUGUAGGAACACAUAAAAAAUGGAGUGCAGGAUUAUUUUCUAUUCAUAUUUUCGGGAUUAGCCAACUCAAACAGCGAGAAUUAUGUAGAUGGGUAUCAAAUGUAUAGAAAAGCUGUCAUUUUGGAUGAUUCGAAAGGAGAUGCUUGGAAAGGACUCUACAAGUUGAUUGAAGGAGAUGGAAAAGUGAAAGCUGAACAGUUUGAUUUAGAAAUUUGUGAGAAAAUGAAAACAUUCGUGUAAGCGAGAAUGAUAAUUUGUGACAAUUAAAAACAUUAUUUUUUUCAGACCCGAUAAAAUUUCGGAAAUCGAGAAAACGUCUCAUCGAAUUUUAUUCCAACUUCGAGAUUGGAAAAAUCUAUCCAGCUUGGAUUUUUCGUCUGAUUUCGCACCAAAAAUCAUAAAUCUUCUGGCCCCAAAAAUAAUUAAGUUAGAAGAUUCUGAAAGAGAAAUUGUUGCAAAAUCCUUCAAUCUCAUUGAAGAAACAUUUGAAAAUGAUUUGGAACUUGUAGCGAUAUACUGUAAAUUUGUUCAAGGGGUGAGUAAUCAUCAGGAUUUUUUGAAUAAAACACAACAUAGCGUCAUAUUUGCAGGAUCAAAGAAUUCCAACUCUGGUAAAAUUCUAUAGUAAACUUCCGGAGCCAUGGAUUCUUGCAGAACUUUCCAUCUUUGUCUAUGAACAAUAUUUCGAAACUGGAAAGUUUCCAGAUUUUUCUGGUAUUUUUGAGAAUCCUCUCAUUGCUCAUCUUCAAAGUCAAAAUAUCACUGAAGCUCUUCAAAUCGUCGAUAAACUUCCAGCAGAAGCAAAAGUAAUCUAUCCAGAAGCAUUGUUGUAUGUUGAAUUGUUAGCAGAAUCUGAAAACUGGGCUCAAUGUGAAACGGUAAAAUAGAUAAAUCAAAUCUUAUCAUAUAUCAGCUUUUUCAGACUGUUCGGUCAAUAUUAAACAACACGAAAAACGAAAAUGUGAAAUCAACAUGUUUUAAUUGGAUAUCAAGAAUAGUUCUCGAAUCAGAUCAAGAUAUCAAAAAGUUAUCAAGUCUUCCGUUGAAAAGGCCAAAGUUUUUUAUUGAAGAAGUUAAAACAAGUCUGAUUCAAGGAAUUCCCGUCAAAACAAAUGAUAAAAAAGAAGAACUUUUGGUGAAACUCUUAUCUGCACUUUAUAACAAAAAUGUCACUGAAAAUGAAAAAAAUAUCGUUGAAAGCUUUUUGAAAUUACCCGAACUUGAUUGGAAGGAUUUGUUAUUAGCCGCUGAAAUCAAAUUAGCUUUGGAAAUCGAUGCGACAACACUUCUUGUCAAAGCUGCAAAAUUGAACCCUCGAUCAAGUCGCGUGUUUUUUGUUCUCGGAAAGUCUCUGAUCACCAAAAAUCCAACAAAAUCUCGUGCUUGUUUGGAAAGAGCUGUGAAAAUACAACCUGGAAAUGAGGAAUAUGUAAAACAACUUGAUGAUGUUUUGAUAAGUCAAAAUGCGACAGCAACUGAGAGAUUGGUUCAUUUGAAUAAGCUUGUACAAAUUAGGGAAAAUCGAAGGAAAUCAGCAUGGUUGACAGAUGUUUUAUCUGUGUAAGUUAUCCAUUUUUUUUACAAUAUCUCAUCAUCAAAGUAAUUUUCAGAUUGUAUUUGGAAACGAAUAAUUAUGAUCUGGCAAUUGAAGAACUUCAACAUAUGGUUCGACUCUAUCAAGAUAAUAAAUUGGCUUGGGCUCGUUUAGCGAAUGCAUAUUUCAAAAAAGGACAUCUUCGUGCAUCAGUUAGUUCGUAUGAACAUUUAGCCGAACUUGAAAAUGGACAUCGAUAUACAAUUCCAAUGAUUCGAGUUUUAAUCCAACUUCGAGAAUUCGAAACUUCAUUGGAAAAAAUAUUGGAAUAUCGAGAGAAAUUUGGAAAUUCAGAAGAGGAUGAGAGUUGUCGAAUUGCACUUGAUACAUUGGAAGCGCAGAUUCGAUUGAAUUUGAUGAAUGAUACUUUUGGAGAAGAAAGAAGAACUCAUCUUCGAGAAAGUUUGAAAGUUUUGAAUCGAAGUUUAUCAUCAGAAGAAUCAUCAAAUUAUUCGAUUGUUUAUAAACUAAUAGGAGAUUCGCUUCUCAAAGUUUCUGAAUAUCAAACCAGAUUUUAUGAUUUCUUCGAGAUGAAUCCAAAUUGGAAAGUCGUUGAUCAACUUUCUUGUAUCAAAUUGAGCGUUACAUUCUAUUCUGUAGUCCUAAAAUUACGAAAAGAUGAUGCACUUGCUUGGCAUGAUUUUUCAGUUUCAAUUAUGCGACAAUAUAAAAUCGAAAAGAAUCCUGAACUUCUCACUAAAUCGAAUAGUUUCAUCAAACAUGCGAUCAAACUUACCAAAGAUGAAUCACUUCUUUCAACGCUUUGGACACUUCUCGCUGAAAAUCUUCGACUUUCUGAUGAACCAGCGAAUAGAAUUCUUCAUUGUCUCACAAGAGCGCUUCAGUUGAAUAAAAUCAACGAUGUGGCUUGGCUCGAAUUAGCGAUUUUAUGUUUGGCAAAUGGAGAUGUACAUAAGUUUUCACAAUUUUUCGAUAACAAUUAUUUUUAUUGUUUCAGAUGGAAAAUUCCAGUCGUUGCCUCGAACAAGCCAUCAAAUAUAAUCCUCAUAAUGGUGAAGCCUGGUGUACUUGGGCGCAACAUGCUCAUCUUCAAGGUGCAGCUUAUGAUGCAACUGUUAUGUAUCGGCAAGCUCUUUGUAUAAAACCAACACCUUCUUCAAUCAACGGAUAUGCUGUUUAUAUUUGUGAAAGUCUUCAAAAACAAAAUUGUCGAUUCGAUUGUGCUGGAACUGCUUUAGAUUUCCAACCAGUCGCAGAUCUUUGUGAAAAAGCAAUUUCUGAUAAAACAACUUUAUAUCAUUUGGCAAUGAUAGCUGAUCUUUUCGGUUAUUAUCGAGAAGCUUUUGAAUGUUUUCAAAUGGCUGAAAUUGAAGGAGAUGUUAUGGAAAGAGCUAAAAUGAAGUUGAAAUUACUGGAUGAAACAUUUGAUGUCGAAUUGAAACCAGUUAGCCCGGCGAAUUUGAGACUUGCUACAAUGUUGCCAUAUUCUGCACCACAAUUACUUUGUUUUUUGACACAAGAAAUGCCGAUUUAUGCGCAAUUAUUCGAAUUUAUAGAAAUGGGACAAUUUGAGAAUUCAGAAAAAUUUAUACAGCAAAUGUUAAAAAUAUUUCGGUUCCGCUUUUUGUAUCAGCAACGAUUGCAUUGAAAAUUGUGAGUUUUUGGAGAAUUUGGGAAAAAGGCGAUAUGGAUUUUUAUUGGAAUUUCUAAAAUUACAUGUUUUCAAACGUUUCUGAAUUCCGGCAAAAUUCGAUGUCCAAAAUUUUUCCAGAAUCUUCCGAUUGAUUGUAUUGCAACAAUCCACGAUGCUUUGCCACGUCAUGAACUCAUCGAUUAUUUCCCAACAAUUCUUCCAGAAGGAAUGGAUAAUGGUUUACGACAUUUGGAAAAAGACGGUGAAAUCCCAUUCAGAUAUCGAAAUCAUGUGGCACAAGAACUUUUCGAAGAAUUAAAACAACUUCGAGAAAAUUAUGAAGCAUCUUUGGAACCCAAGAAGCCUGAAAAGUGA